AUGGCUGAGGAAACAUACAAGGACUAUCUCGCUACACGGAUUCUUGCUGAGCACAAACCUGUGACUUACAGGCUGCUCAGCAGAGCACUCAAGACCAACGUCAAUACGGCGAAACGGAUGCUCUUUGAAUUCCACAAGAAACAGAAUACACGCAAACCAAACUCUGUCCAUGCCACCUAUCUCAUCACCGGUACACCCCGACGGUCCCAACAUGCGAAUGGCGCCAAACGCCAAAAGGGCGAUGACAACGACAUGCGCAGCUCGCCUUUCAUAAGCUCCAUGCCCGAGGCCGAAGAGGCGGAAGACUCUGAUUAUGUAAGCGGCUCUGACGAUGAGGAUACAUCUGCACCAAAAGGCGUGAAAGAGACGCAGGUGGUGCUAGUCCGAGAAGAGGAAUUGGAGGAGACUCGCGAAGAGUUUGAGGAAGGCGCAUCAGCUCAUAUUUACAGCUUGGAGCCUGGACCGCUCGAGAUUUUCGGAGUACUGUCGUUGUGCAAUCACGAGGCGGUGACACAAUAUGCAGAUGAGGAUCCUCUGCAGCGAUGGAAGACGUAUGGUUCGAUUCGAAACCAGCACAUCAAGAGAAGGACUGCCAAGUACGCUCCUCCGACUGCAUCCAGCGCUUCGAAACCUGCCGCGAAGCCCAUUGCGAAGCCUGCUGCCAAGUCUACAAUAACUGUGCCUACAAAGGAGAAGGAGAAGGAGGCUGCAGCUGCAAGGAGAGGGAGUGCGUCUGAAGAAAAUGCAUCGGAAAAUUCAACACCGCAGCCUCCUGCGAGCUCGAGUGCACUGAAGCAGUCUGAGUCUAAAUCAGGGGCAAAGAAAGACAAGGCGACGAGUGACAUAUUCAAGUCGUUUGCCAAAGCCAAGCCAAAGGCUGAAAAGUCAAAGGAUUCUACGCCCGCUCCUGUGGAAGACGAACCAAUGCAAGGCAUGUCGGAAGACGAAGGCGACCCAGAUGACGAGCCGGAGGUGAAAAUUGAUGAAGAAAAGAAUGAAGCCGCUCGCAAAGCUCGUGAGGAGCGAGCUGAGCGCUUGCGCAAGAUGAUGGAAGAUGAUGACGAGGAGAUGACCGAUGCGCCAGCCGCAGCAGAAUCACAGGCUGAGACUGCCCCUGCAGCUGCAGCAGAUGCCUCUGAGCCGACCGAAGGCGAGGCCACCGUGACCGUAUCCAACGGGCGCAGACGCGGGCGAAGACGAGUGAUGAAGAAGAAGAAGGUCAAGGAUGAGGAUGGUUAUCUGGUCACCAGAGAAGAGGCUGUGUGGGAAUCGUUUUCUGAAGAGGAGCCUGCACCCAAGAAGGCCAAGCCAGUUGUGCCGAAACCAGCCAGCUCGGCAAAGGGCAAGAAUGCUGGUAAGAAGGGACAGGGUAGCAUUGCGAGUUUCUUCAAGAAGGCGUGAUACUCGGUACGGGACUGGUGUGUUUGCUCGUAUCUUGCCAGCAUGAGACGUUUGAGAGGUACUUGUUACAUGCAUGUAAGUAUAGUCAC